AUGGGCCCUGCCGGGCAACGGCGGGUCCUUGCUGGGGCCUUCCUGCUGUUGCUGGCGGUCAACGGCGGCCACGCGCAGAACCCGGCGACCGCGACGCCACUCCCGGCCCAAGCAGCGCCAGGCGCGCAGCAGCAGGACUGUGACCAGAAGGCCGCGCCCGCCGCACCGGGGCCCGUUAAGGCCGUGAUUGUCAAUGACACCGCCGUGAACGUCCUCUGGCUCCCGCCAGAAGGCGGCGGCUGCGUCACGUCCUUCAAGGUAUCCGCGAGGGCUGUGUCCGGCGGCGGCGCCGCGCCGGCGCCGCAGACCGUCAACGGCGGCCUCAGCGCCACCUUCGCCGGCCUCAAGUCGGGCGGCAUCUAUGAGUUCUCCGUCGCUCCCGCCGGCCCCGCCGGCGCGGGCCCCGCCGUGACCUCGCGCGCCGCGCUGCCGCCGGCGCAGCUGGACGCGGUGCCGGACGCGCCCGACGCGUUCGACGCCGUCGCGCUCAGCGACACGCGCGCCAACCUCUCGUGGGCGCGGCCGCCAGGGAACCCUAAGGUCGACUCCUACUCGAUCACGGCGGUCCCGGCCAACGCCACAGGCUUCCCCCUGCCCAACGCCAAGAACCUGACGUUUACUGCCAAGGGGGACGCCAGAUCGCUGGUUGCUGACGGCCUCGCGCCCAACAGCUACUAUGUGUUCACCAUCGUCUCCAAGUCGGCCCGCGGCACAAGCCCCGAGCCCGCAGUCUCUUUCCACAACACGCCCCCGCGCGGCGGCGCCAUCCCCGCCGCGCCGAGGGGCGUGUCGGCGGCGCCGGCGGGCCAGGGCGCGGUGGCGCUGCAGUGGCAGGCGCCGGCCGGGUCUCAGCCUGAUUACUACCAGCUCGGGAUCACCGAGGUGGAUGCGUCCGGCAAUCCGCUCAGCGAGACCAACACCAUCCCCUACGCCAACACGUCGGCCCUCGUGCGCGACCUGACGCCGGGCUCCACCUACAAGUUCGACGUCCAGUCUUACUCGACGUCAUUUGAGAGCGGCCGAAGCGCUGAUUACCAGUACACCGUGCCGGCGACCUACCAGCCGCCCCCCAACGCGCCGCGCCUUCAGCCGCCGGGGCUCGCAGCCAGGAUAUAUGGCAGCGACGUGGAGCUGGUGUGGGAGCAGGUGUAUGGCGCCCAGUACUACAUUGUGACGACCUACGACGCCUACAGCGGCCGCUCCCUGGGCGUGCAGUACAGGGUUCAGGGCAACACCCUCGCCAUCGCGGGGCUGCCUCUUGGAACAGACGUCGAGGUCGUGGUCCAGGCCUUUGGCGCGGGCGGCUACGGGCCGCCGUCAUCCAUUGUCGUCGAACUGCCGGUGCCUGACUACUAUUAUCCCGCCACCUACAGCCCCUACUACGGCUACAACCCCUACCUGCCCUACUGGUACAGCUCCUACUACCCAGUGGGUUGGUACAACGCCUUCUUUCCCCGGCGGACCGUCUUCUUUGGCGUCAUCAUCGUCAUCAACCCCUUCAACAACUUCUGUGGGUCGCCGCGCUAG